GGUCUAAGAGACUAAGACUCUUAAGGUGGGCUAAUAGAAUCAAUUCAAAAAUAGGAUGGGUUUCUAAUACGGUUUUUUCCCUUUGCUAAAAUGGAAGAUGAGGAGAGAGAAAAUAAUGAUCAUAAUGAACAUCUUCUUCUUUCAUCAAAGUCGUCCCAAUUCUCACAAAAGUACAUCCUACAAUAUGAAGAUGAUGAAUUAAAGAAUCUAAGAGUGUUUCUGAGUUGGGCAUGUGUUGAUCAAUCAAACCCUUGGAAAACGAGCCUAUCAUGGUCUGUAUUGUUCUUGUUUAGUAUUGGGGUUCCAAUUUUAUCCCAUUUUGUAUUGCUUUGUUCAACUUGUGAUGAUGAAGAUCAUCUUCAACCUUUCGACUCUGUUGUGGAGCUUUCCCUUUCUUCAAUCUCUCUUAUUUCUUUCUUUAGCCUUACCAAUUUUGCUAGGAAACUUGGUAUUAGGAGGUUCCUUUUCCUUGAUAAACUUUACGAACAGAGCGAACGCGUUCGCUUCGGCUAUUCAAUUCAACUUCAGAGAUCAAUAAAAAUCCUAUGUAUGUUUGUGGUACCAUGUUUCAUCGGUGAUACGGCAUACAAAAUAUGGUGGUACACAACAGGAGGAAAUAAAAUCCCACACUUUGGGAACGUAAUAGUAAGCCACACUAUUGCUUGCUUCUUGGAACAAUGUUCUUGGCUAUAUCGAACAUCGAUCUUCUUCUUGGCUUGUGUACUCUACCGUGUUUGCUGUCAUCUUCAGAUACUUAGACUCGAUGAUUUUGCUCAAGUAUUUCAACUCGAAACAGAUGUUGCUUUGGUUUUAAUGGAGCAUCUUAGGAUUCGAAAGACUCUUAGGAUUAUCAGUCAUCGUUUUCGAACUUUCCUUUUGUUUACCUUAUUACUUGUUACUGCUAGCCAGUUUGCUUCCUUGCUUGUCACUACCAAGUCUGUUAGUAACAUUGAUGUCUACACUACUGGAGAACUCGCGCUUUGCUCCGUGACCCUAGUAACUGGAGUGUGUAUAUGCCUAAGAAGUGCAGCAAAGAUCACACAUAAGGCGCAGGCAAUUACUUCGUUGGCUGCAAAAUGGCAUGUUUGUGCUACAGUUGACUCUUUGGAUGCCAUUGAUACUGGUCUUGAAGUUCCAAUCACUACUACUACAUCAUUCUCGCCUCUUGCCUUCCCUUAUAAUACACACUCUGAUUCCGAUGAAGAAGAAGGUGACGGUGAUGACGACCUUGAUAACACUAAGAUGGUUCCUGUUUUCGCGCACACUAUUUCCUACCAGAAGAGGCAAGCUUUAGUGACAUAUCUCGAGAAUAAUAGAGCUGGGAUCACAAUAUAUGGCUUCAUGUUGGAUAGAUCAUAUCUCCAUACUAUUUUUGGAGUUGAAUUAUCCUUGGUACUUUGGUUGCUUAGCAAGACUGUUGGCAUUUCUUAAUUUCUUCCUUGCCAAAAAAAUUAAGUCAUUGCAAUUCAUUGGCCGCCCGGUCUUAUUUAAUUUCAUUUAUGUUCCUUGUAAAAAAAAAUAAAAAAAAUUCGUGUGUCUUAUAGGCUAUAUAUAGCAUUAUGAAAUGGUAGUAUGGUACAUAAUAUAGAAAAUUUUCAUAUUCAUGUAUUAUUAAGGAAAUGGAAAAUCUUUGUAAGUGCAAA